CCGAUCCCAAAGCAGUGGUGCCAAGAGAGAGUUUGAAAAUACGUUGUAAAAGUGAGGUUAAGUUGUAGCAUUUGAAUGUUUCUGUUUUAAGUUUAUUUAUCUCUGUUUUUAACGAUGAGCGAGUUUACGUUAAGUUAUAGAGAAGUUAUACCGGAUCAAACCGUUUUAGAUUCAUGGAAAGAUAUAACACUUAGUACAGGUGGCACUCAAAGUACUUUGCAAGAUAUUAAAGUAGCCGAAAAGGCAAAUGGCUAUUGCUACGAGGAUUCCACUAAAACACAUACUAGAAAUAGAUUUAUUCACUGGCGUAUUAACAAUGAUGUGUUGGAGUUGGUCGAGCACAGUUUGGAUAUAAAUUUAACAGGAAAUAGAAUCAGAUACAAAAUAGUUGAUACUCCUAUAUUAGAUGGAGUUUCUAUUCAUGAAAGUAUUGAUAAUGUUAUCGUACUUGUGCCUACUGUUUGUAGCAUCCAUAGGCUUGUUUUUCCACAUCCAGAUAGAUUUCAUAGACAGGAUGAUUUGGGCUCCUACCCUGAUUUGGCUGCUCCUUCAAUAUUCUCAAAAGCAACAGCUAUGGAAGCCAAAAACCCCAAUACUUUCCAUGUUUUUAAUAACCCCCACAGUGCAAAUGAUCAGUUGCCAAAUUUGGCUUGUUCCUAUUUAUCGGCUGAUACAGAGGAAGCUGUGUUUGUCCUUGCCUAUCCCUCCACAGAGAUGCUGUUAAUUAAACAAAACAGGGAAGGUCAGUGCAUCUCUAUGGAAAUGAAAGGAGAGUCUCUUAUGCCCAGGUUUUUAUCUGGACUGGCAGAAAAAUUCAGGCAAAAAAAUAGUGAAGCUGACAACAUAGUCAGCCUUUUAAUUAUCCUGUUGGAUAAUGAAAUGUAUGCAGUCACACUGUGUAGAGAUGGGCAUUUGAAGUUCUGGUCAUGCAGCAGGGGACACUGUGUGGCUGUUAUUGAUGUUUUAACUGAAACAGGGGACACUAACAGGGAUCUGGUGCAAGGUGCUUCUCUAAGAAAGGCGUUGAAUGGAUACCAUACAUCAGAAAAUACUUUGGUAGUAUUUAUGAGCUUUUCCACUGGAUGCCAGUUUCACAUCUUAAAACCAGUACUGAGCGGCCAACAGAUCAGAAUCGUGAGGUUAAACACGCUACAUUCGCCUGAGAACGAUUUGAUAGACUUCGCGCUCCAACCGAACCGGCUGUGGUCGGCGUGGAGAUGUGAGGACGGCGACUGCGUAGCUUUUUCUGCGUCGCUCUACGCUAACGGCGACGAGAGCAGCAGCUGGACGCCGGUGAUUCUGGAGACGCUACCCGACGCCAACCAAUACCCGGCCGUCGACGACGAGAUAGAUCCUAAGCAGGCUUAUUUGCAGCACAUCUUUCAUCCCGGCAGAUUUCCCUUGCACAUCAUCAGCAAGGCUUUAUGCAUUUAUAGUAGAUCCAACGCUCUAGCUGAUACUAAUUUAUCGGCAACAGCUCUUAAACAGCGCAUUUGCAUGGCGGUGGAAUCCGAAAUUCGAACAGUAUUAAAUGAACAAACCGUCAACGAUCAGGAAUAUUUAGAAUGUGCCCAAUGGUGCUGGCAAAAGUUUUAUUCGUGCUGUGUCCAAUAUCACGUGGCCGGACUAAAACCGCUAGGUCUGCUACUACUUCCUGCUGUUUCGGGAGCUGUUUUCCUGAAAAAAUCCACUUUUUCGUUCUUGCGGCCUUUAGAACCUUUGGAGCACAUGACCUUGUGUGGCGAUUACAUGUACAAAGACCAAUUCGUGGAAUAUCCACUAUUAGGCGAUGAUUUGGACAACAUGGGCGACGUUAUGAGCCUAUUUCAGGUUAUCGUUUACUUGGAACAGCAAAUGAGCGACAUUUUCCUGACAACGUUUGAAAAAGAAAUGGCCACUCUUCAAUCCCCCGAUGUUAUAAUGUCAAAGUUACUAGAAAAAAUUCACACGGAAAUGGACAGUGAGUUCACAAAUCAAGUGUCCGGUAUGUUGGGUCAAUGUUGCGACCUCUACAAGGCGGUUCACAAAGUUCUCGAACUUCUCCGCUAUGAAAAUCUCAACACAUGCGAUUCUGAUGUUAAUCCUUUCGCGCUUCAUCACUUCAGUUCUCACUUGGGGGUGUCGGUUGUGGCCGGUUGCAUACGUCAGCAAGCUGUCACCCGGUUCUCGAUUUGCCGGAAUUUAUUGUUGAUUUGCAACAUUCUUUUGUACAGAAAAGAAUUGGAAUGGGGCAUUUUGGAAGCCAUACGAUCAGUUUGCAUGCCUGAAAUAGUUGUUUUUACACAAGCUAGCUACGUUAUGAUGUGGCUUAGCAGUCUGCAAGGGUUGGUGAACUUACCUCACGAUUCAAGUUUGCAAAGACUUGCUCCGAUUAAAUUGAACCCAGUUUAUAACUUGCGCAACAACAGCUUCCAAUCGGUUUCGCUUCUGGAUAUGUUCAUUUCGUCGUCCGGCGGCCAAGAAGCGCGAAAAACCUUCUGUCGCAUCAAGUAUUGCGACGAGGAUUUGGCACACUGGCAUCUUUCGCUGUUGCCCUACUUGAAUCAUCUCAGGCACAUCAUAUGGCCGGUCGGUGGCAGCACUGUUCUGGCUGAGUGGUUGCUGAGCAGCGGCCAACACCUGUGGCUGCAACAGUACGUAAGACUCUUGAGCAAUUGGUGCGAAUGGAACAGCUGCACAAGGAGCUUCUUGCUGGCCGCAUCCUAUCUAACAAGCGGGGAAAACUACAAGGCCCAAGAGUUGUUCGAGACGGCUGCUAAAGGAAUAUUUUUAGAUAAAUUUUUAAGCGAGCGCAUUCUUAAAAAUCGUUCUGCCGACGAUAGCCAAACAAAGGCAUACGUUACCUACUACAUAAAAGUUAUUCAACUCUUUGAACUCCACAAAGCUAAAGAUUGUGCCAUAAGGGUUGCCAAUACUGCGCUCAGCAUAGUGGACAAAGACGACCCCCUCAUGGCAACCUUAUAUUCCAUUAAGUUCAAGCAUCAUUUAUCAUUAAAACAUUAUGAAAAAGCAUUCGAUUCGUUAAAUUCUAAUCCGGACGUUGAAAGGCGUAAAGAUAACUUAAGAGAUUUGGUAAAGUGCUUGUUAGAUGAAAAAAAACUGGAUACAUUGUUGAACUUCACAUAUGGAAGCAUGGACGAAUUUUUCACCAAUAUAUUGCUGACAAGAGCUAGAGCUACUGAUGCUGUUAACAAUAUUUACUACGAUUUUCUUUAUUCCUAUCAAAUUAAAAGAGGCCCUUUAUGUCACAGGCUAGCUGCCUCUGUCAUGUACGAACAAGCCUUCAGGCUGACACAAUUUAACACCACUGAAGCUUUAGAAAAACAGGUAAAAUGUUACUUGGCUGCAAAGAAUAUUCUACAGCUUUGCGAUCCUAAACACGCUUGGAUAGCUAGACCUACCGAUGCGGAUGAGAGCGAUGAUGAGAUUGUUAUAGAACCAAUGGCUGGAACUGGAACUGUAGAAGAUCUCCAGAAAAUUAAAUUGCAAAGGCAGGUGGAAGUGGUGAAUAUAAACAUAAUUAAAAAAGAUCUUAUUUUCGCUUGUGCCAAAUUAAAGUUGCUCAGAUUUAGUUCUGGAUCAUCUUUGAAUAUUACCACUCCCCACGAAUUAGUAUCGUUGCUGAAUAAUGCGGGACUUUUUAAAACCGCACUGAAAAUAUGCAUUAACUUUAAAGUUCCAUAUGAAAGCGUUUUCGAUACUCUCACAAAACACUGCGUUCUUCUUACGGAGCAAGACCAUCCAAAUGCUUGGGAUUGGUUGGUUGAGAAUGAUCUUCAAGACCUUCCAGUAAAUAGAGACUGCAUUGCCGACGUUGUCUGGCAAUUACUUCAAGAGUGUCUCAGAACCUAUGAGGAACCCAACAUGACAACAUUGCACAGUGUUGUUUUAAGGAAAAUUAUCGGGAUGAAAAUGUUUGUUCCGUUCUGGUUAAUGGAAUCAUACAAGAAAAGAAACCCUGGAGAGCUUCUUAAGAUUCUUCAUUCUUCCGGUAGGCUGGAGGAAGCGGCAACAAUGGCGCGCGACUACUUAUCGGCAGCUAUGGGUUAUGGUAAAGAGUUGUAUGGAUUUUCAGCCCCGUUAGCUCACACUUCAAAACCCUUUUGCAUGCCGGUAUACGCAAUUCAAAAUUUGAUCAAGGAGUUGGAGAUACAAAACAAAGUGAAUUUGGAACAACCCUUUAAAAUGGAAUACACUUCUCUACAAAAUCUCUUUAUGGAAUAUCUACAAACUUCCUCAAGAAUUUCCUUCGAAAUGUGUAAUUUUAAGCGUUUAUCAGUUAAAUAAUUGUUUUUGUUUUACUUAAAGAAUAAACUUUUUUCAAAAUUUA